GGCGGCUACGCUGACGCACGCAUGCUCCCUCGCGUCUCUUUCUCCAGCUUGGGUUUGACCUACAGCCGCCCAGGAGAAGAUGGCCGUUCCAGGGGUGUCCGGGCUCUCCCGGCAGGUGCGAUGCUUCAGUACAUCUGUGGUCAGGCCAUUUGCCAAGCUCGUGAGGCCACCUGUUCAGGUCUAUGGUGUCGAGGGUCGCUAUGCCACUGCGCUUUAUUCUGCUGCAUCUAAACAGAAUAAACUGGAACAAGUAGAAAAGGAAUUGUUGAGAGUAGCGCAAAUCUUGAAGGAACCCAAAAUGGCUGCAUCUAUUAUGAAUCCCUACAUAAAGCGUUCCGUUAAAAUGAAAAGCCUAAAUGACAUGACAGCAAAGGAGAGGUUCUCUCCCCUCACGUCCAACCUGAUCAAUUUGCUUGCUGAAAAUGGUCGCUUGAGCAAUACCCCUGGAGUCGUUUCCGCCUUUUCUACCAUAAUGAGCGUCCACCGUGGAGAAGUACCUUGCACAGUCACUACUGCAUCUCCUUUGGAUGAAGCCACUCUUUCUGAGUUACAAACAGUCCUGAAGAGCUUCCUCAGUAAAGGCCAAGUACUGAAAUUGGAAGUUAAGAAUGAUCCUUCCAUCAUGGGCGGAAUGAUUGUCCGGAUUGGAGAGAAGUAUGUUGAUAUGUCUGCAAAAACCAAGAUCCAGAAGCUGAGCAGGGCUAUGAGGGAGGUUUUCUAAAGUGUUGACUUUCUGUCGGUGAAAAUUCUUAACGUUGGAGCGACAAUAAAAUGCUUCCUGACCAGGA